GCAAAAUCCUAUCAACAGCAGCUCAAGGAUAUUUCACCGUCACUGAAUGAAGAGCGAGACAAACUGUUGGCCACUCUGAGCGAUCGGUCGCAAAUUUCAAAUUUGGAUGCGGCUCAGAUGAUGUCGACGUUCACUUGGGCUGGUGUUAUGCUGACUGGUAUGACUACAGGAUGUAUAUUCACCAGAUAUCUGCUAUCACCCAUUCUAUCACUGUUCGUCAGCCCGUUCUAUGUGGCCGCUUUCGCCUAUAUCGCGAUGCCGUUGAUUGCUAUUCAAUAUUCCACUGGACCGAUCGAAGGCGAUUUCAAGGAGGUGGAUCGAUCCCGUCGCCAUGAUCUGCUUACGAUCAGCAUCGUCGAGGGAAUGCUGAAAGGAUUCCUCUUCUCAGACAGAUACAUGCCUGGGAUGGCACCCUUCUCUUUCAUCACUCCACUUUGCAUUGGUAUUUUGGCACCAUUCGCAUCACCGUAUAUUGCUAAGUUUGUUUUUUUGAUGUAA